GCGGUGACCUUAGCGAAUACGGAGAGUUUAAAGUGAAGUGCGGUUAGUUAGUUUAGUUGUUACAGUUAGAAAGAAAUGAAGGCGGUAGGUAUUGUUGUUGGUGGUGUUCCACCGCUUUGUUCUAAUGGAAUUCGUAAACGUCAGUUCUGCGUUUCAGCCUCUUCAUCGUCGGGACCCAAAACGGUGGGAGUUGCAGCAGCUCCAAAGAGUGAAUACAAGCCAGGGGUUAUUGAUGAUUUGUUCCUCAAUUUGUUUCGCACCAAAUUGGUUCAGGAAGUGGGAUGGGAAUCGAAGAAACCUGGAUAUGACGGACUAAUUGAAGUUGCUAACCGUCUAAUGAUGAAAGGCACUACAAACUCCGAUACCAUAGAAGCUACGGUACGAAUUUUGAGGUCUUUGUUUCCUCCAUUCCUUUUGGAGCUCUAUAAAAUGCUCAUAGCUCCUAUAGGCGGAGGCAAAGUUGCCGCUAUAAUGGUUGCAAGGGUUACUGCACUUACUUGUCAAUGGCUCAUGGGACCCUGCAAAGUCAAUUCUGUAGAGCUACCAAAUGGAACCUCAUGGAAUAGUGGGGUGCAUGUUGAAAGAUGCAAGUAUCUGGAGGAAAGCAAGUGUGUUGGUAUCUGCCUCAACACCUGUAAGUUUCCAACACAGACCUUCUUCAAGGAUCAUAUGGGAGUUCCAUUACUCAUGAAGCCCAACUUUGCUGAUUAUAGCUGUCAGUUCAAAUUUGGAGUUCUUCCCCCACUUCCUGAAGAUGACACCGUCCUGAAGGAGCCUUGCUUGGAAGCAUGUCCAAAUGCUUCCCUACGAAGAAUGGCUUCCAGAAACAAAGGUGUUACUGCCUGCCCAAAGACAUGAACAUAUUUUUCUUGGGCAUAGAGCAUUGAGAACGUUGAUGUACACUUUCCAUGGCUUUUUGCACAUUCUAGCUCCAACUUAUCUUCGAAGAUGGAACUGAAGGCUCGGGUAAUGGGUCUUCCAUAACGAUAAUUCAUCUUUGACAUAGCUCGUAUUUGAAAUUAUUAAUUAAUACAACCCAUCGCUGUAAAUAUAUUGUUAAUUCAUUGGACUUCAUUGUAUAUUAUGAAUGUAUUCCCCGAAUGAAUUCAUUGAAAACAUUUUUAUCAAAACAA